AUGAAGACCACCUCUUUGGUCUCGGCCCUUUGCUUCCUGGCCACUGCCCAGGCCACUGGCUUGUGGUGGGGUAGUGACGAGUGUUAUACCGCUCCGGAGAAUACCAACAACGAGUGUACCGAGCAGCAGCAGUCUGGAUUCACCUGGGACGACCUUGACAUUGGUGACUUUACAUCAUACGGUGGCAUGGGCUUUUCUGGCUUCAGCUGCAGCAGUGGUUUCGGCGGACUGCGCACUCGGACUUUCAACCAAAAAUGCAUCACCGGAAAGAUUGGCAAGGGCAUCGAAAAGGCCUCCGCCCCAUCCAUCUCCUGCGGCGAGGACAAGGCUGGCUUCUCGAUUGACAAGUUCCACCUCUUCACCUCUGUCGAUGUGGACGUGGUCAUCUCCUUUGGCAUGCCCGAUGGCUCGACCUGCAAAAAGAACGCCCAGUGCUCUUCCGCUGGCACGGAAGUCACCAACGACCAGUGCGGUGGUGCUACCUCUGUUGGGUUUGAGCUGCCGGACCACAGUGAGCACGACGACUGUGACCUCGGCAUUGGAAGCAUUGGCUUUAUCUGCGGACCAGGCAAGCCAACAUAUACCCCUCCUGCUGAGACUGAGGUGGAGGAGACUCCGUCGGCGACACCUACUCCGGAUGCCCCAACAUCUUCCAGCAUUCCUAUCAUUGGUGUUCCAACUCCUACAGGCUCUAGCCCCGUCACAUCUUCCACUCCUGUCGUCCCUGCUACGACGUCUUACUCGAGCGUUACUGGCAGCAGCUCCGUGCCGUUCACUCUCUCGACCGUGUACACCACUAGCGAGGUUACAAUCACCCAGUGUGCUCCUACCGUGAUUGAUUGCCCUGCGCACUCGACCUCAGUCACCACCUCAACGAUCCUUGUGUCCACCACCUGGUGCCCUGUGACCCCUACGGAGACUCCGUCUGUCCCUACUGACACGGAGGAUGUUCCCCCACCUGGCGAAACCUCACCGUCUGAUACGGCCUCUACCACCACUACGGUCUCCAUCCCUGCUGAGACUCCUGAUGCUCCUGAAUCCACCACUCCGGCUUCCACCGACACGCCCUCGGUUCCGGAAAUAAGCACACCGGUCAUUCCGACCAGCGUCAGCCCCGGAUCAUCUUCUGCCAUUCCUCCUCCCGAGGACAUGACUACCACGGAGAUCACCUACACGACCGUCACUUGGUGCCCGGUUACAGACACUAUUACUUCUGAUGAGUCCACGUUCACCACUGUGACCACUAGCACUCUCAGCACGACGACCAUUACAGCAACGACGACCAUCUGCAACCGCUGCACAUUGACAGGUGUUCCAUCUCCGUCAGAAACCCCUGCUGUCCCAUCUGAGACCCCUGCUGUCCCUACCGACGACUCUGAUGUCCCAACUGAGACCCCCGGUGCGCCAACCGAGACACCUGACGUCCCCACAGACGUCAACCCUACUACUAUCCCAGAGGCACCAGCGACGACGGAAACUCCUGUCACCGAGGCGCCGGAGACGACACCGGUGCCCCCAGUUCCCGAAUCUACUGUUACUGAGAUCACGUACACGACCGUCACUACCUGCCCCGCGACAACCACCAUCACUAGCGGCGAUUCCACAAUCACUUCAACCUACACGACGAUCUCUACACAGACGCUCACUUCGACUUCGACCAUUGCCGUGCCCACAUCCGUAUCUCCCGAGGAAACUCCUUCAACCCCGUCAGAGACAGAAACUCCCUCCACCCCGGUCCCCACAACUUCCUGCCCCAACGUCGUUCCCAAGUGUAUCAACACUUGGCUCAACCUCAUCCCAGACUGCAAGUCCAACAGCGAUAUCACCUGCUUCUGUCCCUCGUCCGAGUUCACCGACAAGGUCAUCUCCUGUAUCCAGGCAUGGGGUGCCGACGCAGACGAGGUUCAAGCUGCUCUUUCUUACAUGACCGGUAUCUGUGCGGCUUAUGUUCCUGAGAACCCCGGUAUUAUUACAAACGUUCCCACCACUAUCACGCUCACCCCACCACCCGUCGCUACCCCCACGGACGUCAGCCCCGAGCAGACUGGCUCUGACUCGCAAUCCCCGGUCCCCACAGCCCCUCCCUGCACGACGAUCACGUACUCGACGUAUACGGUCACCGUGCCGCAGGUCGAGUUCUCUACCGCCACCGUCACGGAGACUGCUGGAACUGGGGUCAACCCGGUUCAAACAUCCACGAUCGAGCUUAUUCCCCAGCCUACCGCUGCGCCAACCUCUGGCUCUUCUGGUUCUGGCUCCGGAGCUGGUUCAACUACCCUCCCCAAUCCCUGGACAACCACGACGACCCUGGUCACGAACACCCCAUCCCAGACCGCCACACCCUCGCCGACAGCGCCCGUGUUCACAGGUGCCGCGUCGCCUCUUCAUCGUGUCCCAGGCUCAUUGACUUGGUCUUGGGUCAUGGCGCUGGCUGUGCCGGUCCUUGCCCUCUGA